AUGGAAGGUGAAUUAAGUAAUGUUGACGAAAGAGUAGUUGUUACCAAACAAUAUUAUACAAGUCGUGCACCAACAAUCGAUACAAUGUUAGGUGGUUAUUCUGUUGUACACGAAUCCGAUAUUCAAGAAUCAGAACAAUUACUCAAAACAUUAUUUAGAGUAAGAAAAACUUGUCAAGAAAUUACACAUUGUUUUCAUAGUGGUGUACAAUUGGGUUGUGGUAUUGGUCGUGUGACAAAACAUUUAUUAGUAAAAUAUUUCAAUCGAAUUGAUAUCAAUGAUUUAUUACCGGAAUAUAUUGAACAAACAAAAUUGAAUCUAGGAGAAGAUUUAGUUGACAAGGUGGACAAAACAUACUGUUGUAGUAUAGCAGAUUUGAUUGUUGAUAAAUCGCGUUAUGAUGUUAUAUGGACACAAUGGGUUUUAGGUUAUUUAGAUGCUGAUUCAGCCGUUCAAUUACUAAAACGUUUAAAAUUAAGUUUAAAAAAACAUGGUCUUAUUAUUUUGAAAGAUAAUUGUUCGGAUCAACCUGAAUUUGAUCCAGAUGAUCAAUAUUAUGUCAGAUCUCCAUUACAAUUUUAUGAUGUAGCGCAUCGAAGUGGUUUAACAGUUGUCAAAGAUCAACGGUCAAGGUUAAAACAGGUUGUUAGAGAAUUAUUGCCGAUCAGAAUAUUUGUAUUAGCAAAUAGUAGAUAG